UGCCAAGGUCCGUCUACACCGGUUUUACUCACCGAGGCAAGUGACGGUGGUCAGUUCUAUUUUAAAAGCUUGUUUCAAUUCUCGAUUUUUACCAUAGUUCGGUAAUUUAUGUUGAAUCGAAAUAUCCCAAGUCAAAACUCGUAUAUAUAAAAAAAAAGCCUAUAAUUGCAAACGAGGGUUUGACUUUGACAAUUCUGGAUUUUCUUUUUUUUUGUAUGCUUCAGUGCGAACGCGGCUUUUUGAUUAGCUUUUAUUUUUCCAUCUUGUGAUAAGCCAAAAGUAGUUACCGAGUUGACGGAGAAAUUUGUUUUAGACAUUUAAAGCUGGAAAAUGUUUGGAAAAAUGAUGUUGUAAUAAUACUUGUACUUAGUAGCACAACACACACACAAAUAUGUCCUAUAGUAAAAUAAUGAACAAGGCUCAACUGCUCAAGUUAGUCCAACGACCUACUUCAGUACGGAUAUGUAGUUUUCAUAGACUAUCCACUCCAAACCGUCUAGUCUUGUUAAAAUGUCGUGCGUCCAGAAUCCCAGAAAUCAGAACCAUAUCUGCCACAAAUUUUGCGUUCGUUCGACAUAGUAGUGACGGUUCAAAAGAACUACCAAACGAGAAUGCCGCAUCCAGCAGUACAAAUGAUAAAAUCGAUUCAACUGAAGAUAUUAUCCCCGAACCCCCAGAAGUGCCUAUCGAAGAAAUUGUAGAAGUUGGAAAAGUCUUGAAUAAAUUAGGAGAAGAGACUUUAACCAGUGCUGGACUUGGUUCUUGGACUCCGGUCGGUAUACUCCAAAAUGCAUUACAGUUUAUGCAUGUUACAUUGGACAUGCCUUGGUGGCUAACAAUAGUGGCAGGUACUGCUUUUUUACGUUUAAUCAUUUUUCCCUUAGUCAUUACGUCUCAACGGCAUACAAUUAAAAUGAAUAAUAAUAUGCCGAAAAUUCAAGAAUAUCAACAAAAUGUAACGGACGCCAGAUUACAGGGAAAUUCUUAUGAGAUGGCCAGAGCUUCUCAAGAACUUAUGUUAUUCAUGAAAUCCCAUAACGUUAAUCCAAUAAAAGGAAUGAUUUUACCAGUAGUGCAGUUUCCCAUAUUUUUAAGUAUGUUUUUGGGUCUCAGAGGUAUGGCAAAUUUGCCUCUAGAAAGUUUAACGUACGGCGGACUCUGGUGGUUUGCCGAUCUUACUUUACCAGACCAAUUUUACGUACUACCUCUUAUUACAGUUGCAACUUUAGGGCUCACAAUCGAACUUGGAGCCGAUUUCGGCAAACUGGGCAACGGCGGCGUCGGAUUUUCAAAAUACUUAAAAUAUGGACUGAGACUUGUGCCUUUAGUCGUGUUCCCUUUUAUUAUCAAUUUCCCGUGUGCAGUUUGCUUGUAUUGGGCAAGUACUAAUUUUAUAUCGCUAGGACAAGUUAUGUUUUUGAGAAUUCCCAGUGUCCGUGAAUAUUUCAAUAUUGAAAAAAAAAUAGUGCAAGAAAAACCAAAAAAGAAAAAAGGGGUUAUCGGCGAAUUCAAACAUUCGUGGAAAAAUAUGCAAGUCGUAAAAGAAAUCGAAGAAAGAGAACGUCUGGAUCACAUGAAAUUCACACAAGCCGGUCGAGCCCCGCCAAUCAAAACUUUUAAAUACAACCCAGUAGCUGCAAACACGUUAAAAAACACAAAAUAAUGUGUAUCACAGUAGUAUAAUUUUGUUUUGAUAAAAAUGUUUAAAUGCUCUUAAUUUAAAAAAAACAAUGAAUUAUUAUUA